AUGGCUCCUCUUCGAGCGAAGAACCGAGACAAUCUCGAGUUUGCGACGAACUUGCCAGACAAGGAGGAGCGGAAGCGAGUGAGGAGGCUGCGCGUGGAGAGGCAGAUCGCCGCCCAGGACAAGGAUGGCUUGGACACGUCAAAGAACGACGACGAGACAGCGGCGUGUAGCCUCAGUCAGCAGCAGGUGGCGGACUCUCUUGGGCACUUGGACAAGAAAAAAGGCAGAGGGAUCGACGCCGUCACGGCCGUUCGUGUGUCUGCAGAUGACCGAGAAACGCAACGACGCAUGGCGGAGGAACACGCACGACAGGAGAGGCUUCAGCGGCUGCAGGAAGAAGCAGUGCGCAGCGGGAAGCAGAACGCAGCGGUGGAGAUGCGUUGGGCCGAGUUAUUGGACGAGAACAUGCCACAGGAGCUGCACAAAAGCAUCGAAGAGCAGAAGGCCGCUUGCGCUGAGAUAGUCGCCUCUAAGGCGGAGGACGUGGAGGAGCUUCUAGAGCGAAUGCGGACAGAGUUCAGGGAGCUACAGGAAGAGUACGAGGUAGAGCUGGAGGCGGUGGAAGAAGUAUUUUUGCAGGAGAGAGAAGGGCUGCUUGCAGCGAACAAGGCAGAAGUGGACGGCCUGUUCGAGAAACGAAGGGAAAUGGAGCUCUCCUAUAUGGAGAGCAAGCAGAAGAGGCAGGAGCAGUACCAGGCAGAGAUCGAGGCCCUCCUCACGAGAGACGGGGAGGAACACACCAAGCUCAAGAUCAAGCUGGAAACCGACAUUCAGACUCUCGAGCAGCAGCUGGAGGAGAUGCGGGCCACGUACCAGCUCAACACCGAGAAGCUCGAGUACAACUACCGCGUCCUCACGGAGAGGGACAUGGAGAACAGCGCCACUCUCUCUCACCAGAAACGCAAGCUCACGAAGCUCAAAGACGCUCUCUCGGGCCUCGUGCAGCGCUACCAAGAGACCGACACCCGCGAUAAGAAGCGAAACGAGGAGCUGACGGAGGAGUUCCGCCGCAUCACGAAGCAGUAUAACGACAUGCAGGCAAAGUUCCGGCACUUCGAGAUCUCGGACAACAAUCGAUACGAGCAGGUGUGGUCCAUGCACCGCGAGGAAGUGCUAGAGGCCAUCAACAAGGUCCUACAGGCGGACGAGAUCAUCCACCAGCAGCAGCUAGGCUGGGAAUGGAAACCCCCCAACAUGGACCUGCUGGCCGAGCUCGACAUUAACAGCGUCGCUGCCGCCAAGGCCGGGGGGGGUGUCGGGGCAGUGGGGGGGGUGGGGGGCGGAGGAGGAGGAGGAGGCAGCCAAUCAGCGAGCGCGGUAGUCGCGCAGGCGGGGGGGGCGGGAGAUGGGGAGGGGGAAGACGAGGAUGAUCCCAACCGGCCGGGUCAAGUGGUAACGAAGGUCUCGGGGACGCGGGUGAAGGCAGUGCUGAGGCUUCUCUCGCAAGAGGCAGGGUUUCUAGUCGACCCAGGCGUUAAGGACGCGUUAGAUGCCAUGACAACCGACGAAGCCCAGUUAGUGUCGGCAGUCAGCAUGCUCAAGGCUCUCGGGGUAGAGGAGCAAUCGGACAUCGAGGAACUGAUGCGGUACUUCUUCGGCUCAGACGUGGCGGAGCCAGACGCUGAGGACAUACCGUCGAUGGCCACGUUCAGAGCCCUGGGGCUAGACCCCGACAGAGAGCCAGAUGCCCUCAAGGUCCUCCUGACGAUUAUCCAGCCCGACAACGUGGUAAGCGCGAUCCACAAUUUCGUCAAGGACCGGAAGGAGGCCCGCCUGCUAGACCAGACUAGAACAAAGAGUCUAAGCUUAGAUGACGGGGGCGGGGGCGGGGGCGACGCGGCUGGGAAAGUCCGGAGGCAGAGGGAGAAGGUCAUCCGACAGAGGGAGAGGGACUACUGGAAUACCAUCGGGGGGGUGAUCGGCGAAGAAGCGUGGCAGGUUUGGAAGCAGCUGUCACACGGGCUGGAGCGAUACAACGCGGUACUUGCAGAGCGAAGCCGGCGCAUCACCAACGUCAAGUCGCUCCAGCAAGAGAACACGAGGCUGAAGGAGAUGCUGCGGUCGUACCUCGGAUCGGCGGUUAACGAUGACCUCAUCAUCCCACCCACGAGGACGAUACAGAUCGGCGCCCCCCACUAG